AUGAGUUCGGAUGAGGACAUUCUUCAGAUAUUCCAUGAUGAGGAGGAAAUAUUAGACUCAUCUACAGAUCUUAGUUUAUUGAAAGGUGAAAUAUUAUUUUUAAAGUUCUUCAAAAAAGGCUCAACCAACAUUGAGAGUUUCAUCGGUGAGAUCCAUCAAUUAUUGUGCGAGAAAUCAGUAAUGAUUAAAGGCUUUGGCUUUAAGGGUGUUAAUUCACUGCUUAUCGAAGUCCUGUAUAAUGAUUCCUUAAGGAAUUUACUUAUAGUUCUGGUCGAAGCGCGAAAUAACACCAGAUCAUUGAGUGACAAAGCGAAAAAUAAUAUCCUUAAAAUUGUUUUCGGAAAAUUUAAUUUUAUUAUGAAUAAUGAGAUAAUAAACAUGAGCGUUAUCCCGAAUAUUGUUAAACAUACAGUGAACUGUAGAUCCAGCUUCUUUCCAUACGGAUUCUAUAAUGGAAAUGUUCUUAAUAUAUUAGCAAAACAAAAUCAAGGAAAUCCAGUUAGCUUAAUAGGGAAGAUUGUGUCAAAGAGAGCCAAUGUUGAUAAAUACCAAAAAUUGCUUGCUGUAUCACUUGAGCCUAUCUCCGGAUCUGAAAUUUCGUUGCGAUUCGUACUCAAAAUUGAUGAUGUCUGUUCUGAUUUGCUGAAAACAUUGAAUAACGACUUUGGAAAUCUAACCUUUUGCACAUCUACUGUCCAUUUUAUUCCGCUUUCUCAACAAGAUAAAUUCCAAAAAACUAUUGAAACUACAUCAAGCAAGGAGUUUUGGUCUGGUCUCUCUGAUAUUGAUGUUCUAUUCUGCAACAAAAACGAACAAUCGUUGGCAAUGGGGAGGGAAAAUCUUAAUAAAAAACCAAAGUUGAAGAAAAAGCGCUCUGAAAACAGUUCUGCACUUGUUCCUACAUCUAGUGGCUCUACGAUAUUCGACCGCUUGGGCCCAAAUAUUAUUAUAAGAAGAACCUUCUCCACUCGACCAGGAACCUCAUCUCAUACUUCUCGAUCAACCAGUAAUCGUCAUAUGAAUUAA